AUCUUGCUGCUGUUCGUCGACUUUUCAGGUCAUUGGGCCGAGGAAGCCGUCGCGUAUGCAAAGGAAAUCAAUGUCAUGGUGCUGGACAUACCACCAAAUUCGACCUCCGUCUGCCAACUCGCAAACGCCACUUGGAAUCGGCCGCCCAAAGCUCAGUUAAGAAACUUGUGGAUUGGCAGUCUACGGGGGCAGCUUAAUGCCCGCAACUCAGAAGUCCUGUUUAAACUUCAAGCACCCCAGCACCCCGUCCUGUGUAAGAGGAUCCAUGACGGGUAG